UAAGACGUACAGCACGUUAUCGAGUUCCGUCUGCCGUGAAGUGACUACUGAGCACUGACUAGAAAAAUAAAUAGUAAUAUUAGUAAUUCGGUCUAUCGCUUUACCGUAGUACUGUCAGUCGUCACUGUCGCUUUCCGUUGCUUCCUUCGCUCGUCCGUGCGACAGUCGUCCAAACUAUCCGUUCGGUUUGGUGUUUAUUUAAUUUAAUUUUGAAUUUUAAUACAAAAAUAAUAGUUAGAACAUUGUUGUUUUAGGAAGGAAUGUUUUAAUUGUUUGUCUCAUUAUUAUUUUGUUUUAUAAUCUGCUCCUGUUUGAUUAUUUUAUAUUUUAUAAAUAUUCUAUAUAUUACAAUAUAGUAAUAUACAUUAUAAAUAUAGCUCUACAAACGUUAUUAAGCGCUUAAUGAAGUAAUGGCCGUUUGCAGUUCAGUAGUGAAGACUGUUGUACCCGAUUAUAGUAAUGGUGACUGUGUUAAAUUGUGCAGUGAACACUAUUGGCCACCCAAAGAUGAAAACAAUCAAGUUUAUAGACAUUUACCUCCAACCACAGAUACUGUGCUGACAAAACCGUUUCCAAUUAGAGGUGAACGUCUUAACUAUGUUAACACACCGCAUGUUAUUGCUAUGGUCGGACUACCGGCACGAGGGAAAACUUACAUUUCGAAAAAACUUUCCCGGUACCUUAACUGGAUUGGUAUCAACACUAAAGUUUUCAAUCUCGGAGAAUACCGGCGUCAUGCCACCACGGCGUAUAAGUGUCAUGAGUUCUUCCGUCCCGACAACGUUGAAGCGAUGGCAAUUCGAACACAAUGUGCCAUCGAUGCGCUCGACGACGUAUGCACGUGGCUAGAUAACGGCGGCGAAGUCGCUGUGUUUGACGCCACCAACUCGACCACUGAGCGCCGGCAAUUGAUAUUGGAUAUUGUCGUAAAAAAACGAGGGUUCAAGUUGUUUUUCGUUGAAUCAGUGUGUGAUGAUCCAAAAAUAGUCGAACAGAACAUAAUGGAAGUGAAGAUCAACAGCCCGGACUACCAGAGCAUGGGUGCUGAUGUGGCACUCAGGGACUUUUUGCAGCGGAUAGAGCACUAUCAAGAGCGGUAUGAACCACUAAACGAAGAGACUGAGUCUGAAUUGAGCUUCAUGAAAAUAUUCAACACUGGCGAAAAGGUGUUGGUGCGCAAGCACGAGGGUCACAUACAGUCACGCAUCGUCUACUACUUGAUGAACAUUCAUAUCAUUCCAAGAACCAUUUAUCUUACUAGACACGGCGAGAGCGAAUGGAACAAGGAAGGAAAAAUCGGCGGGGAUUCCCAACUGUCGCCCAACGGUGUCAAGUAUGCCAUCGCAUUAGCUAACUACAUAAACGAACAGAAUAUCGAAAACCUUCGGGUGUGGACAUCAUGGCAUUAUAGGACCAUUCAAACCGCUAGCGGCGUUCAGGCCCCGCAAGAACGAUGGAAGUCGCUGAAUGAAAUCGAUGCCGGUGUAUGUGACGGUAAAACGUACGCGAUGAUCAAACGCGAGUAUCCUGAGCAGUUUGCAGCUCGUGACAAGGACAAGUUUGCGUACCGUUAUCCGAGAGGUGAGUCGUACGAAGACUUGGUUGCCCGAUUAGAACCAGUUAUUAUGGAGUUGGAGAGACAGGGAAACGUUCUAGUGGUCAGCCAUCAGGCUGUUUUUCGGUGUUUACUGGCAUAUUUUUUGGACAAAAACUCAGAAGAGUUACCGUACUUAGAAGUGCCCUUACAUUCGUUGAUAAAACUUACGCCCGUAGCGUACGGUUGUAGAAUGGAGCAAAUCAACUUUCCUAUCGAGGCUGUCAGCACGCAUCGUCCAAAGCCUCAGGAUAUGCCUACUGUCUCUGAUAGCACGGACACAAAAUCUACUAAUACGGAACCGGGAUAUCUGGAGGAUCGUUUUAAGGAUGAUGUAAACGACGGCGUCGGAGGCGGUGACAAUACGAACAGCAAAAAAGCGAACAACGGAGACGCUACACUGCCCACUUAACUUACGAUCCACCGUCAUACGGCAACGAUCACAACUAUAUUAUUAUACUAUUACUAUAUCAGGGAUACCGCACCACCUUCUCUGUACGUGCACACGCCGUUAAAAACGACUGCGUUCUGCAGUGGAGGUCGUGAUGAAGAAGGCAUCGUUCACGCACUAAAAAUAAAUAUAAAUUACCCAUUAUUAUAAUUUAUUGUUUCCGUAAAGGGGGAAGGGGAAGAAUGGUGAAUUUCGAUUUUUUUUUAUGUAUAAUUUAAUAUUUAAGAAAUAUAUAUAUGUGUGUGUGUGUGUGUGUGUAUGUGUGUAUGAUAUCAAUAUGUAAUAUAACAUGUGACAGAAACAAACUAUCCGAAUUCGACUAAUAUAUACCUGUGUAUAUAUUUUAUUUUAAUAAUAUAUGUAUAUGCUUGUGUACAAUUUUUUUUUUAAUUUUUCAAACGCUACUUAAUUUUUAGACGAUUAUUGUAAAUACAGUUUUAUUUAUCACAGCCAUAUUUAUAUUAUAUAAUAAUUUAAGUAAGCAUCAUAUACAUACGUCAUAAACCACACAUUACCAUAAUAUUUAUCAGUUUUGAUACCUUAAAAAUUUACUUAAUUGUUUGUUUUUAUUUUGUAGACUACUUUAAGGUUUUAUUUUUAUUUCAUACUUUCGAAACAUAAUUUAUUAUUAUUACCUAUAAGGGAACUAUCCGUUUUAUCGUAUAAGCUUGUCUUAUAAACAAAUAUUACAAUUACAAUUGUUCAAAAUCAUUCUUCAAAUAAAUAUACCAUCUAUACUCUAAAUAGCAUA